CGCGAUCACAGGCACGUGAGUCCGAAACCAGAGAUGAGAUAAACUGAGCUCCCUUCAAUUUCCCACACUCCCCAAAAACCCCCCAACCGAUUCUCGUCGGAGAAGAAGAAGAAGAAGAAACCCUAAGAUGUUCACUCUGCAACUUCCGAGUUGCAGAGCUCUCGAUCGCUCGCCGCCGCCAUUGCUCGGCGGCGGCUCCUCGUUUUGGGGGACGGCGGUCAUCAAUUUCAAUGGCAGAUCCACGGCGGAGAAGAAGCUCCGGUUGGACGGACGGACGGUCAGGAUCGUGGCGAUGUCGUCGUGGAGCAGCAACAACACUUUCAAGAUGAACUUGAGCGAGUACAUGGUCACUCUCGAGAAGCCGCUCGGAAUCCGCUUCGCGCUCUCCGUCGACGGCAAAAUCUUCGUCCACGCUCUCAAGAAAGGGGGGAAUGCGGAGAAGUCCAGGAUAGUAAUGGUGGGCGACACUUUGAAAAAGGCGGGCAAUGCUUCUGAAGGGAGGCUUAUUGAGACCAAGGACUUCGGUGAUACACAGAAGAUGCUGAAGGAGAAGACAGGAUCUUAUAGUCUUGUUCUUGAGAGGCCAUUUUCUCCCUUUCCAAUUCAACAGCUGCUUCUUAUGAAUGAUCUUGAUAAUCUAUUCAAUAGAGGUCGAGUUCCUUUUGCAACUUGGAACAACAGUGUAUUGGCUUCAAAUUUGCAAUCAUCUGCUGGAAGCAGUGGCAAUUCUGGUUUUGUCACGUUCUCCUCAAAGUUUCUAAAACCACAAGGAUGGAAUUCCUUGAAUGGAAAUGGUCAUGUUCAACCAACAGUGCAGAGGAACACUACCGCCAAACCCAUAAGCCAACUGGUUUGUAUUCUGUCCGAAGAGGAGCCUGGAGAUGGAGAAUGGGCUUACGGAAAUUUUCCACUAGAAGAAUAUAUUCAAGCACUGGAUCGCUCAAAAGGCGAAUUAUAUUAUGAUCACUCACUUGGUAUGCGCUAUAGUAAGAUAACGGAGCAAAUAUAUGUCGGGUCAUGUAUACAAACAGAAGAUGAUGUGGAGGCAUUGUCAAAUGCUGCAGGAAUUACUGCUAUACUAAAUUUUCAAACUGGAACCGAGACACAAAACUGGGGAAUCAAUUCCAAUUCAAUAAACGAGUCAUGUCAGAAGUUCGAUAUUCUGAUGAUCAACUAUCCAAUAAGGGAUGGAGAUUCUUUUGAUUUGAGGAAGAAACUACCUUUUUGUGUGGGGCUAUUAUUACGUUUAUUGAAAAAGAAUCAUCGUGUUUAUGUCACUUGUACCAGUGGUUUUGAUCGAUCUCCUACUUGUGUGAUAGCAUACUUGCAUUGGAUGACUGAUACUUCCCUUCAUGCAGCGUAUAAUUUUGUUACUGGGUUGCAUUUAUGUAGGCCUGACAGACCGGCAAUUGCUUGGGCAACAUGGGAUCUUAUAGCCAUGGUGGAAAAAGGUAAACAUGAUGGACCUGCAACACAUGCUGUCACAUUUGUAUGGAAUGGACAAGAGGGGGAGGAUGUAAAUUUGGUUGGAGAUUUCACAAAUAAUUGGAAAGAUCCAAUUCGGGCAAAUCACAAAGGUGGAUCACGAUCGGAAGUGGAAGUUAGACUUUCACAAGGAAAGUAUUACUACAAGUUCAUUGUCAAUGGGCAAUGGCGACAUUCAACAUCCUCCCCAGCUGAAAGGGAUAACAGCGGGAAUGUCAACAAUGUAAUCGUAAUCGGUGAUACAGCCAGUGUGAGACCUUCUGUUCAACAACAGCAAAAAGAUGCAAAUAUUAUCAAGGUGAUUGAGAGACCGUUGACAGAAAAUGAGCGCUUCAUGCUGGCAAAAGCAGCUCGUUGUGUUGCAUUUUCUAUAUGCCCCAUUAGAUUGGCUCCAAAGUAAGGUGGCAUUUCCUCGGCACCAUGAUUAUACAUUUUUUGAGACUAGAAAGUUCCAUGCCAAUUAGUUUCUGCCGAGUCCUGAAAAUAAGGCAUUCCUAUAAAUGUAACUUCUUCAGGUUCCGUCGAUGACAUUGAUGGGUCUGUACAAUAAAAUUACACAGGUUGUUUGUUGCAGAAUAUCCAUGUACGCCAUUUAACAGAUAGGACAGAUGUUAGGAGGAUGUCAACACUAUGUUAGAAAUGUCGACAUGUUAAGCAAUCACUUUAUUUCUUGGCAGAGCUUAUAAUAGUUUAUAUGUGCUGAACCUGAACACACCCCCUCACUCUCUUUAGCUCUGGUUGCUCCCAACAAUCAUCCCGAGCUUCAUUCCUUGAAUUCCAGUUCAAGGCAAUGAUCAAAGAGGGAUCCUAUUUUUCUGGCUAUCAAAUCCGGGGGCCAAUCUCCUCAAUACUCCCUUGCCAUUCCCAGGCUUACGUCUAUCCAUCUUAGAAGCUUGCAUUGACUCGAUGUGAUUGAAACGUAGAGCGACUAUGCAUCAUGAACCAGGAAACCAAAAUAACAGGUAUAACCAUAAAGUAUUUCCCUGCAAUUUCCAUAUGUUUUAUUUAGCUAUGCGUAAGGCGCACCAGCUUGAACGAUUAGACUGGAGGCUUGCAGUUUCCAACUUUCUAUCCUUGUUUGUUCGGCAAGUUGUGCAAUCAAAAUGUAUCGAUCAAUGACGCCGUAAAGGUUAGAAAUGGUGGUGAUUAUAACUUUAAUGGUUAAAAGUGUUUAUCUUUACAACAAGAAUUUGAAGUUCAAACAUCUAGAGGACUAUGAAGGCGAUACCCACAAAGUCAUCGCAUCCCCAACAAGGGCGCUCAAUGACUCGAAACUGAAAACCACACACACAUUUGAGAAGUGAGAAUUCGAAGUUGAAUCACUGUAGACAGUAGCUAGCUACCAUCCACAAGAAUCAUAUUUAAGGAUAGGGCCUUAUCUCUGAAAUGCAUCACCCAUUACGUCUGUACAGUCACAUGUCAGCCAUUUAUUCCCCAUAGUGUCUUGUUUUGAUCUUUCUAACUUCAAGUUUUGGCUCUUGUGGUGUACAUGCAAAGCUCAUAAGCUCACUUUAUCUACAUUGUAAGCUAUGAAAGUUGAAGAAUAUGUGGACUCCUGCAUUUGCAAUAUCAACCAUCUAUAAUAUACCUCAUAUCCUUCCAGAAA